AUGGCUUCUAAAACCCCGGCGCCGCCUUCAGCCGCGCAGCUUGACGAGGUCAGAGCCGCCGUGCGCUCGUUGCUCCACCAGCCUGAAUAUGAUGAUGGUUCAGCUGGUCCGGUACUGGUUCGGUUGGCAUGGCACUCCGCAGGAACUUAUGACGCUGCAUCGAAGACUGGAGGCUCAAAUGGCGCCGGCAUGAGGUAUGAGAAAGAAGGUGGCGACCCAGCCAACGCCGGCUUAGCACAUGCGCGUGCGUUCUUGGAGCCGAUCAAGGAAAAGUUCCCAUGGAUCACGUACGCCGAUCUUUGGUGUCUUGCAGCUGUGGUCGCAGUGAAGGAGAUGGGCGGCCCAGAGGUCAAGUGGCAAGGAGGACGUACAGACUUUACCGAUGACAGCAAGAUCCCUCCCCGUGGACGGUUACCGGAUGCCGCGCAAGGUGCAGAUCAUAUUCGGCAUAUCUUUUACCGCAUGGGCUUUAACGAUCAGGAGAUCGUCGCGUUAUCCGGUGCACACAACUUGGGACGCUGCCAUACCGACCGCUCAGGUUUUGAGGGCAAGUGGGUUAACAACCCGACAAGAUUCUCGAAUCAGUACUUCAAGCUUCUUCUGGCACACGACUGGAAGAAGAAGAAGCUGGCCAACGGCUUGGAACAGUUCGUAUAUAUUGACGAGGAUAUCGCGCUAGAGGAGGGCGAGAAGCCAGAGGAAUUAAUGAUGCUCCCUACCGAUAUUUCCUUGUUAUCCGACUCCUCCUUCAGGCCGUGGGUUGAGAAAUACGCCGAGGAUAAGGAUCUAUUCUUCGACCACUUCUCCAAGGUGUUCGCAAAGUUACUCGAGUUGGGUAUCAACCGAGAUACCAAUGGCAAUAUUGAGAAUGAGGAAAAUGUCGAAGAGGGAUACAAAAGUGCACCGAAGAAGAGCGGUACCGCCCAAACACCAAACGACCAGAACAAGAGACAAGUUGGCCACGAGGCGGGUCCUCUCCAAAAAGAGAACGAGCAGUACCAGAAGAGGAAGAAUGGCGCGAAGUUGUAA